GCUUGCCGCCGGCGGAGGGCGGGGUCUGCGCGGGGACUUCCCCUGGGCUGAGCGGCGCAGCGGGGUUUUGGCCAAAUUGGGCGAGGGCACAAAAUAACCACUUACCCCUUCUCACCGAGGAAGAGCGGGAGAAAGGGUAUGGCACAGUCGCAAGGGUGGGUGAAAAGAUACAUCAAGGCCUUUUGUAAAGGCUUCUUUGUGGCGGUGCCUGUGGCAGUGACUUUCUUGGAUCGGGUUGCCUGUGUGGCAAGAGUAGAAGGAGCAUCGAUGCAGCCUUCUUUGAAUCCUGGGGGGAGCCAGUCAUCUGAUGUGGUGCUUUUGAACCACUGGAAAGUGAGGAAUUUUGAAGUACACCGUGGUGACAUUGUAUCAUUGGUUGUACAAAUGUCAUGUAUUGUGUUCUUCAAUUAAUAAACAGAUUGUAUUCUACUGCUGGAUUAGCCUUUCAAUUGCACGUCAACUAGAUGGCUUGAAUUAAUCUGAAUUCACCUUCAUGAUAGUGCUGAAGAAACUGAUACUGCAACUUCUCAUGUAACAAGAAGAUGUCAAGUUUAAUAAGUCUUUGAGCUGAUUCAGAAAAUAGAUUUGUUGCUAACAGCUUUUUUGUCAAUAUUGAUGUGAGAAUGCAAUUGGAUAUUAUAAAAACUCUUCAGUUCAACUGUUUAGUCGUUAAAAUAAUUUUGAUGUAACAGGUAUUGAUUAAGAAAGGGAUUUUAGAGAUAGAAAGACCUGACUUCAAUUCUCUUAUUUGCCAGUUACAGCUACAAUGGCACCCUUGGAUGAUUAUAACAAUACCUGCUUCAUAGAAUUGCUUUGAAAAUAAUUUAGAUAAUAAGAUUUAGUAAGUACUAAUAAAUAUGAAGUAUUAUUAUAAAAGUCAUGAACAUUUUUGUGUUAAAUAUAUUUAAAUUUGCCGGAAGUUUUAUCAGUUUUUCUAUUUGUGACAAUUAUAAAAUGUUGACUAACUGGAUUAUAAGUAUGCUAAGCUAUAGACUUUUUGGAGGGUCCUUUGAAUGCCAAUACAAUCCACAUAUCAGAGAACAUUAUACAGUUGACAUUUAAUAAAAUUGAUUUGAAUUUUCAUGGCUUCAGCUGGUAUGAUUGUCAUGCAAUUUUGCUUAUAUCCUGACAUAUAAUUGUUUUAUAAUUUUUCUAUAUUACCUGCCAAACUACAUUGUAAACAAAAAUUGAUUAGAGAUUAUAUUUCAGCUUUUAAAAAAUAUUAUCUAAAGUUGUGUGAAAAAAGAAAAAAAAAGACCUUCAACUACCAAGUCUGUUCCGUAAAUAUUUCUUGGAUUUUAACAUGAUUUCUUUAAUGGAUUCUCUGUAUUCCCCUUGAUUUUAAAAGAAAAAUGAAUAAGUAAAACUUAGUUAAGUUAGAAUUAUUAAUAGAAGAAUGCUAAAAUCAAUUAUGGUACCUUAAUACUAUGUAUAGUAUUAUAAGAUAUAUAUGUGGAUGUGUAGUUGUACGUGCAUAGAAAAUACUGUGGUAGGAUUAACAGCAAAUUGUUUAUAGAAUUACUUCAGGUGAAGAGAUUAAAAUAGUUUAGAGUGUAUAUCAAAUUGAGUUUUGUAAUUGCAAGCAAACUAAACUCAGAGAUUAUCUAAGCAAAAUAAGAAGGAGAUUUAUUGGAUAAAAUGUGGUUAUAUCAUAGAAUCAAAAGCCAAGCUGAGUAAAUAGGCCCCUGGAAGCAUGGAAAUAUAAACAGCUGAGACAGUUCAUUGGCAGAAAUUCCUGUGCAGUUUCUGUGGCAGGAGUGGGAUUUGGGAAUUUCCUGUGACUGACAGCCCUACUAGAAUGACAUAGAAUGGAGGGAAAAGCAGUUUACCAAAGGAAAAGGUGCUGGGCAUGAAGAAUAUCAUAGAGCUGUACUAUAGAGGGAUACUAUACUGUAGAGCUGUAGUAUAGAGGGAUUACUGUACUAUAGAGCUGUACUAUAGAGGGAUGCAAUACUAUAGAGCUGUACUGUAGAGGGAUGCUAUACUAUAGAGCUGUACUAUAGAGGGAUACUAUACUGUUGACCUGUACUGUAGAGGGAUACUAUACUAUAGAACUGUACUAUAGAGGGAUACUAUACUGUGGAGCUGUACUACAGAGGGAUAUUAUACUAUAGAGCUGUACUAUAGAGGGAUACUAUACUAUAGAGCUGUACUAUAGAGGGAUACUAUGCUAUAGAGCUGUACCAUAGAGGGAUGCUAUACUAUAGAGCUGUACUAUACAGGGAUGCUAUAAUAUAGAGCUGUACUACAGAGGGAUACUAUACUAUAGAGCUGUACUACAGAGGGAUAUUAUACUAUAGAGCUGUACUACAGAGGGAUAUUAUACUAUAGAGCUAUACUACAGAGGGAUGCUAUACUAUAGAGCUGUACUAUAGAGGGAUACUAUACUGUAGAACUGUACUGUAGAGGGAUACUAUACUAUAGAGCUGUACUACAGAGGGAUAUUAUACUAUAGAGCUGUACUAUAGAGGGAUACUAUACUAUAGAGCUGUACUACAGAGGGGUACUAUACUAUAAGGCUGUACUAUAGAGGGAUACUAUACUAUAGAGCUGUACUACAGGUGGAUACUAUACUAUAGAGCUGUAUUAUAGAGGGAUGUUUUCCUUCUUUGUAUAUGUAUGAACACAUACAUACACAUAUAUAUUUAUAUAUGAAAUGGAAAUAAAAGAGUGAUAUUUUAGAAGAAUGACUAAGAAAAACCUAUAGAACUCGGUGAUAAGGAGCUACUUCUAGGGGGAAAAUCCAAUAUUAGAAGAAAAUAACUAUAUAUACUAUAUUUUUUAUUACGCAAAUAUAUAUUACAUGUAUUUAUUUUAAAAACACCUUUACUGAAAUUUAAUUCAUAUACCUUAUGAUUCACCCAUUUGAAGUAUACAAUUCAGUGACUUUUGGUAUAUUCACAGAGUUGUACAUUCAUCAGAAUAAUUUUAGAACAUUUGUGUUACCCUCAAAGGAAACCCCACAUCCCUUAGCUGUCACCAGCAUACCAUCUCCAUUCACUUUGUCCCUAGCAACCACUAAUGUGCUUUCUGUCUCUAUAGAUUUUCCUAUUCUGAACAUUUCCUAUAAAUUGAAUUACACAAUAUGUGGUUCUUUCACUUAGCAUGAUGUCUUCAAGGUUCAUCAUGUUCUAUGUAUCACUACUUUUUAUUCCCUUUUAUGUCUUAAUAAUAUUCACUAUAUGGAUAGACCCCAUUUUAUGUGUCCAGUCAUCAGUUGAUGAACAUUUAGAUUGUUUCCACCUUUGCCUAUUAUGAAUAAUGCUUUUGUGAACAUUUGUAUACAAAUUUUUGAAUAACUGUUUUUAAUUCUCAUGCAUAUAUAGCUAGGAGUAGAACUGGUGGAUUAUAUGGUAACUCUGUGUUUAAGCAUUUGAGGAAAUGCCAAACUGUUUUCUGAAGCAGCUGCUCCAUUUCACAUUCUCACCAGCAGCGUAUGGCGUUCAGUUUCUCCACACCUUCAUCAACACUGUUAUUAUCUAUUUCUUUGAUUGUAGCCAUCCUAGUAGAUGUGAGUUAGUAUUUCGUGGUUUUGAUUUGCAUUUCCCUGAUAACUAAUGAUGUGGAACAUCUUUUUAUGUGUUUAUUGGCCCCACAUAUAUUUUAAAUUAAUGAGAUUAUGAGGCUUUUUUACUUUCAGAAUUUAUUUUUUUAAAAACUUGUCAGAUUUGUUUAGAUAUUUGUACCAUUACUCUUCAUUGUUUACAGUUUUGACUGUGUGUUAUGUAACACAAUGUUAGUUACUCUACAUAAUUUCUCUGUUAGCUAACUGUUGUAAGAAAUUGAGACUGAGAGAAGAUAAGUAAUUUGUUCAAGGUCACAGAGCUAGUAAAUUGUGUAGGAUUUGAAUCCAGGUCAUUUUAAAUCCAGAGCCUGAGUUCUUUAAAAAUGCUACUGUAGCAUGUCUCAAGUAAUAUAUGUUUUUAGGUUUCCUGUAUUACUAUUGUUAUUGUUGUUGUUCUGGUUGUUACUUUAUUUUACUCAACUACAUAAUCUCACAGAGACAAAGACUCUUAAAUUUCACAUGAACCUCAGUUCAAAAAUGUCACUUUUGGCCUGGUGUGGUGGCUUAUGCCUGUAAGCCCAGCACUUUGGGAGGCCAAGGUGGAUGAAUCACUUGGGGUCAAGAGUUCAAGACC